AUGGCUUGGAUGACUUACAUUUCACAUUGGUUUGAGCAAGAUGAUUGGUAUGAAGGACUACAAAGAGUGAACAUGUCCCAGGUAAGGCAGGUGGGACUGCUGGCUGCUGGGUGUCAGCCGUGGAACAGAGAUGUGUGCGCUGCCAGUGGAGACAGGUUUGCGUACUGCGCCACCCUGGCCAUCUAUGUUUAUCAGUUGGAUCACCAUUAUAAUGAAUUCAAACUCCACGCAAUUAUGUCUGAACAUAAGAAAACAAUCACAGCGCUCUCUUGGUGUCCACAUAACCCUGACCUUUUUGCAAGCGGCAGUGCCGAUAAUUUAGUGAUCAUUUGGAAUGUCGCAGAGCAGAAAGUCAUUGCUAAACUUGACAAUGCAAAAGGGACGCCUGCCUCUCUCAGCUGGUGCUGGAAUGCUGGUGAUGCUCUGGCAUUUGCUUCCCACAGAGGCCCGCUGUUCAUCUGGACCAUCUCAGGACCAGACAGUGGGGUGACUGUGCACAAAGACGCCCACAGCUUCCUGUCUGAUAUCUGCAUGUUCAGAUGGCAUACACAGAAAAAGGGGAAAGUUGCCUUUGGUCAUAUUGAUGGAAGUCUAUCAAUUUUUCAACCAGGUAAUAAAAGUCAGAAGCAUGUGCUGAGACCCGACUCUCUUGAAGGGACAGACGAAGAGGAUCCCGUGUCGGCCCUGGAGUGGGACCCGCUCUCUACUGACUAUCUGCUCGUGGCUAAUUUGCAUCAUGGGAUUCGCCUAGUGGAUUCCGAGUCACUUUGUUGCAUAACGACGUUCAGUUUUCCCAGUGCAGCAGCUUCUGUGCAGUGUCUGGCCUGGGUUCCCAGUGCUCCUGGGAUGUUUAUAACUGGAGAUUCCCAAGUGGGUGUUUUACGCAUUUGGAAUGUUUCUAGAACAACACCUGUUGAUAAUUUUAAAUUAAAGAAAACAGGAUUUCAUUGCUUACAUGUACUGAAUUCUCCUCCAAGGAAAAAAUUUUCAAACCAGUCCCCAACCAAAAAUCAUUACACAUCCUCCACGAGUGAAGCAGUCCCACCCCCAACUCUGACGCAGAAUCAAGCCUUCUCUCUUCCUCCUGGUCACGCCGUGUGCUGUUUCUUGGAUGGUGGCGUUGGACUUUAUGAUAUGGGAGCCAAGAAGUGGGAUUUUCUUAGGGACUUGGGUCAUGUGGAAACUAUUUUUGACUGCAAAUUCAAACCUGACAACCCCAAUCUUUUAGCAACAGCUUCAUUUGAUGGCACCAUAAAGGUCUGGGAUAUAAACACGUUGACUGCGGUGUACACUUCCCCGGGGAACGAAGGGGUUAUUUAUUCCCUUUCAUGGGCUCCAGGUGAUUUAAAUUGUAUUGCUGGAGCAACUUCCCGAAACGGUGCUUUUAUUUGGGAUAUUAAAAAGGGCAAAAUGGUACAACGAUUUAAUGAGCAUGGAAAAAAUGGGAUAUUCUGCAUUGCCUGGAGUCAUAAAGAUUCCAAAAGAAUAGCAACCUGCAGUGGUGAUGGUUACUGUAUAAUUCGAACAAUUGAUGGUAAAAUACUACACAAAUACAGACAUCCAGCUGCAGUAUUUGGUUGCGAUUGGAGCCAAAACAACAAAGACAUGAUAGCCACGGGCUGUGAAGACAAAAAUGUCCGUGUCUAUUAUGUGGCCACCAGCUCGGAUCAGCCACUGAAGGUGUUCAGUGGGCACACGGAGAAAGUGUUCCAUGUGCGAUGGUCACCUCUGAGGGAGGGGACUCUCUGCAGCGGCUCUGAUGACGGUUCUGUUCGAAUCUGGGAUUACACUCAAGAUGCGUGCAUAAAUAUUCUUAGUGGACACACGGCACCUGUGAGGGGACUGAUGUGGAAUACUGAGAUCCCAUACCUGCUAAUAUCUGGCAGCUGGGACUAUACUAUAAAAGUGUGGGACACACGAGAAGGAAUAUGUUUGGAUACUGUGUGUGAUCACGGUGCAGAUGUAUAUGGUUUAACAUGCCACCCGCGCCGCCCCUUCACAAUGGCCUCGUGCUCCCGGGACUCUACAGUGAGACUCUGGUCAUUAACACCAUUAAUCACUCCUUUACAAAUAAAUAUUCUGGCAGACAGAUCCUGGGAAGAAAUCAUCGGGAACACAGAUUCUGCCAUAGAGCCGGGCGCGCCCCCUCUGCUCUGUGGCAAAGUGUCAAGAGAUAUCAAACAGGAGAUAGAGAAACUAAGUGGAAACCUUCAUGUGAAAAAACUCAGAUGGUUUUCAGAAUGUUUAUCUCCUCCAGGUGGCAGUGAUAAUUUAUGGAACUUAGUUGCAGUGAUAAAAGGGCAAGAUGAUAGCUUACUUCCUCAGAACUACUGCAAAGGAAUAAUGCACUUGAAGCAUCUGAUUAAAUUCAGAACGUCUGAAGCCCAAGAACUCACCACAGUGAAGAUGUCCAAAUUUGGUGGUGGUAUUGGUGUCCCUACCAAAGAGGAAAGACUGAAGGAAGCUGCCCAGAUACACUUGCGGCUGGGACAGGUUCAGAGAUACUGUGAGCUGAUGGUUGAACUUGGAGAGUGGGACAAAGCCUUGUCAGUUGCUCCAAGCGUGUCUGUGAAAUACUGGAAGAAGCUGAUGCAGAGGAGAGCUGAUCAGUUAAUCCAGGAAGAUAAGGAUGACGUCAUUCCAUACUGCAUAGCCAUCGGUGAUGUGAAAAAAUUAGUCCAUUUUUUUAUGUCAAGAGGUCAGCUUAAAGAAGCUCUGCUUGUUGCACAGGCUGCUUGUGAGGGAAAUAUGCAGACCUUCCAUGUUUCGACACCCAAAGGACCUUCUUUUUCUGAUGAUAUCUACAAGGAAGACUUUAAUGAACUCCUGCAGGAAGCCUGCAGAGAGCUGGCAGAAUGGUAUUUUCAGGAUGGCCGAGCAGUUCUAGCCGCCUGUUGCCACCUGGCUGUGGACAAUAUUGAGCUGGCUAUGGCGUACCUGAUUCGUGGAAACGAGCUGGAGCUGGCUGUGUGUGUGGGCACUGUGCUGGGGGAGCCCGCAGCACCCGCAACCCACUAUGCCCUGGAGUUACUGGCGAGGAAGUGCAUGCUGAUCCCAGCGUGCUUUCCAUCCGUCGGAUACAGGGAUUUGGCAGCUGACCUUCUCCUCAUGACUCCUGACAGUGAACUACAGUUGGUAAAGCUCUGUGCUUUCUGCCCCGGGUGCACUGAAGAGAUAAGCGAUCUCCACGAGAAGUGCAAGCUACCCACAGUAGAAGAAUGUAUGCAGUUAGCUGAGACAGCCCAUGCCGAUGGCAAAAUAUUUGAAACUAUAAAGUAUUACUUGCUAAGUCAAGAACCUGAAAAAGCCCUUCCUAUUGGCAUUGACUUCAUCAAAGAACACAUCAGUAGUUCAGAUUGGACUUUGGACACCAUUUACCCCGUUCUUGACCUGUUGAGUUAUAUUCGUACUGAAAAACUCGUCUUGCAUACAUGUACUGAAGCUCGAAAUGAGUUGCUGAUAUUAUGUGGGUACGUUGGCGCGUUGCUGGCUAUCAGAAGGCAGUAUCACAGCAUCGUUCCAGCACUGUAUGAGUACACGAGUCAACUGUUAAAACGGCGGAAAGUGUCAGUACCUUUAAAAAUUGAACACCUUUCUGAGGAGCUGGAUGCGUGGAGAGCUUGCACACAGGUUGUCAACCCAUCAUCAGAAGACUCUCCAUAUACGCCCCCUUCUGAUUCACAAAGACUGGUUUAUGCAACUUUACUGAAGAGACUAAAGGAAGAACCACUCAGAGGAAUUGUUGGACCAGAUUAUGUGACUGGGUCGAAUCUUCCCAGUCAUUCCGAUAUUCACAUCUCUUGUCUUACGGGAUUGAAAAUCCAGGGUCCUGUAUUUUUCCUUGAAGAUGGGAAAUCCACCAUCUCCUUGAAUGAUGCUCUCAUGUGGGCAAAGGUGAACCCAUUCUCACCUCUGGGGACUGGAAUACGACUCAACCCAUUUUGA